CGAAGGGGAAGAAGAAGGGCGGGAGGAGCCGCGGGGCCAGGCCCAACAACCCGCCCUACCUGCCGCCUGAGGCAGAAGAUGGAAACAUUGAGUACAAGCUGAAGCUGGUGAACCCGUCCCAGUACCGUUUCGAGCACCUCGUGACGCAGAUGAAAUGGCGACUGCAGGAAGGUCGGGGCGAGGCUGUGUAUCAGAUCGGCGUGGAAGACAACGGGCUCCUGGUGGGGCUGGCCGAGGAGGAGAUGCGGGCCUCUCUCAAGACCCUGCACCGGAUGGCAGAGAAGGUCGGGGCGGACAUCACGGUCCUGCGGGAGCGAGAAGUGGAUUACGACAGUGACGUUCCCCGGAAGAUCACGGAAGUUCUGGUGCGCAAGGUUCCCGACAACCAGCAGUUCCUGGACCUGCGGGUAGCGGUGCUGGGCAACGUGGACUCGGGGAAGUCGACCUUGCUGGGGGUCCUGACCCAGGGGGAACUGGACAACGGGAGGGGCCGGGCCCGGCUCAACCUCUUCCGCCACCUGCACGAGAUCCAGUCCGGACGCACCUCGAGCAUCAGCUUUGAGAUCCUGGGCUUUAACAGCAGAGGAGAGGUGGUGAACUACAGCGACUCGAGGACGGCGGAGGAGAUCUGCGAGAGCAGCUCCAAGAUGAUCACCUUCAUCGACCUGGCGGGCCACCACAAGUACUUGCGCACCACCAUCUUCGGCCUGACCUCCUACUGCCCCGACUGCGCCCUGCUCCUGGUGAGCGCCAACACCGGCAUCGCGGGCACCACGCGGGAGCACCUGGGGUUGGCCCUGGCCCUGAAGCUUCCGUUCUUCAUCGUCGUCAGCAAGGUGGACCUGUGCUCCAAGGCCACGGUGGAGCGAACGGUGCGCCAACUCGAGCGGGUCCUCAAGCAGCCCGGCUGCAACAAGCUCCCCUUGCUGGUCACCUCGGACGACGACGCCGUCACCGCCGCCCAGCAGUUCGCCCAGUCCCCCAACGUGACCCCCAUCUUCACGCUGUCCAGCGUGUCCGGCGAGAGCCUGGACCUCCUCAAAGUCUUUCUUAACAUCCUGCCACCGCUCACCAACAGCAAGGAGCAGGAGGAACUCAUGCAGCAGCUGACGGAGUUCCAGGUGGACGAGAUCUACACCGUGCCAGAGGUGGGGACGGUCGUGGGCGGGACGUUAUCCAGCGGGAUCUGUCGAGAGGGCGAUCCGCUGGUGGUGGGCCCCACGGACGACGGGCGCUUCCUGGAGCUGAGAGUGUGUAGCAUACAGCGCAACCGCUCGGCCUGCCGGGUCCUACGGGCGGGCCAGGCCGCCACCCUGGCUCUCGGCGACUUCGACCGCUCCCUGCUCCGCAAGGGCAUGGUGAUGGUCAGCCCGGAGAUGAACCCCACCAUCUGCUCGGUGUUCGAGGCGGAGAUCGUGCUGCUGUUUCACGCCACCACCUUCCGGCAGGGGUUCCAGGUGACCGUGCACGUGGGCAACGUGCGCCAGACGGCCGUGGUGGAGAACAUCCACGCCAAGGACAAACUGCGGACGGGCGAGAAGGGGGUGGUGCGUUUCCGCUUCCUGAAGCACCCCGAGUACCUGAAGGUGGGAGCCAAGCUGCUGUUCCGCGAGGGCGUCACCAAGGGCAUCGGCCACGUCACCUACCUCCAGGCCAUCGCGGCGGGUGAGGCCUCGGCCCGCCGGGGCUUCUGACCGGGCCCCCGCAAUACAGUAGCGGCCGCGGCUGGCGGCCGCCCCCGCUGCGGCUCUGUGCGAUUGCCCUCUCUCCGCCCGGCACGGGUGCCUAGCUGGGGGUGGCGAGGGGGUUGUGCCAGCUAGGCCUGGUACGGGGGGAAGCAGGGAGCCCUGGGUCGUUUCCAUCACCGAGGUCUCACCCUGCUGUGCCCUUCGUGGGGAAGCAGGGAAUCCGGGCCGCGGCGGGGGGGAUCUCGGCUCUGUCACGAUCACCCCAGGAGAGCUACCCUGCCCCGACUCGGGUCAAAAGACCAUCUCCGUUCCCCUCCACCCUCCCCGACGCCUCCUUUCAGGUGACCCUUCCACCCUCGCUCCCCCAGGCCCCACUGGUGCUAUUUCCUUCUCCGACCCGGGCACGGGGCUGCCGGGCCGCAGGCCCGGAGUGCCGGGGUGGAAGCUGCGUGGCAGUUUCUCUCCUCCCUCUUUGUUCCUCUUCCCCUCCCUCCAUCCCACAAGAGGGACGGAUGGAUCGCAGCCAAGGAUGCACCGCCGUCCUCCGCCCGCCCGUUUGUAGUGAUCCUCGCCGGCCGGGACGAGGGGCAGCAAGGAGAUCCCCGCCCUGGGCCUCUCUCCUUACCGUUUGUUAAUAGAUCCUGAGUUCCUGUGGACUAAGCGGCUGUUGGUUGAAGUUUCUCUGCACAUAUAUAUAUAUAUAAAU